CCUCACCCGCGCACUGCAAGAUCGUCGCUAUCUCCUUCUCCACCUCCUCCAGAGCUCUGAGUCGCUCAUUCGCCAUGAGCGGGCAGGGGACUGUUACAAGUGGGAGCUCUCCAGGAACAAGUACUACUGUCGUCCACGCAGUUUAGUCCACGCGGUAUUGUGUCGGAGACCGUAGCUCGGUGUAGGACAGGACUAAAUGUGCUUUACUUGGUCCAACUCUCAAAGACUGGCGCGUGAGGGGGCUGAGCUGAAUGAAGCUGCACGUCAACAAAGAAGCCACUAAAUUGACGUCACGCCGUCGCACUCUUGUGACGUCUGCUUGGCCGUGAGGAAAGAUGGCUACAUCGGCUUGGCUGCGUGGUCCAUCUGCUAUGCGGCUAACGGAGGGCUUGGUGUCGGUUCUGAAAGAACAGCGUCCAGAGUAUUUACCCGCCCUGUUGUCCAACUACAGAGAACAUGGCGUUUUUCAGACGCAGGGCGCGAGCGCCGUCGGGGGUCUCGUGGGCUUCAGCAAUGCCAAGCUGGCCUCGAGCAAGACCAGGUUUGAGGGUCUCUGCCUGCUCUCCAUGCUGGUUAAGGACAGCUCCAGUGAACUCUUCCAGCAGCACUGCGUUUCCUGGCUGCGCUCCCUGCAGCAGGUCAUACAGUCUCAGGCUCUGGUUCAGACCAUCCAGCUGGCAGUGAACAUUCUGAAGGACCUGCUGCAGUACUCGUCCCAGCUGGCGGAGCUGGCCAGGGAGGUCGGCCUCAACGCCAUCCUGGGCAUCCUCACGUCUCUGCUGGGCCUCAAGGCGGAGUUUGAGCUGGCAGCCAUGGAGGGGAUGACUGCCUGCAUGACCUACUACCCCAGAGCCUGCGGAUCCCUCAGGGAAAAACUGGGAGCUUAUUUCCUCUCCAAAAUGGACAGCAACAACAAGAAAACACAAGAGAUGGCCUGCCAGUGUUAUGCCCGCCUGCCCUGUCUGGGGGGCCUGUUGGACAGAGGGGUGGGUGCUGGCAGAGCUGAGGGCUGGACCAAUCAGAUUCACUGCCUGCUGGUCUCAGCCAAUGGGCUGCUGGCUCAGAUCUACCAGGGUUCAGAAACAGAUGGAGCGGUGCAGUACGAAGGCCCGGGCGUGGAGCUGGCCUUCCCUCACCUCGACCAGUCGGAUCCCCUACUGCUGCUGCAGCUCCAGCACCGAUACACAGCGGUCUGCCUGGCGCUCAAACACACACUCGGGGUGGAUCCAGCCUCUGCUGUCCGUCUGCCUGUGCGACCAAUACUCAACCUGGUGUGCCGAGUCCUCGCUGUCAGCUCCAAGAGCAUAAAUUUAACAGGAGAUGGGAGUGUGAGGUUGCUGGUCUUGCCUGUCAUACACACCAACACACUGGAGGUCUUAUCAGCUCUUAUCACAGCUGUGCGCUGCGGCAUGGUCCAGUACGCCGCUGUGCUACAGAGGCUGUUCUCUCAAACCCUGUCUGCCUGGACGCCUCUACCUGAAGCCAGUCUGGGACAGCAGAGAGCCUACAGCUCGGUGCGGGUUUCGGUGUACAGGACCUUGGAGCUGUGGGUCCAGGUGGCCGGAGCCUGCGCGAGCGUCCUUCAGGGAAGCCCCGGCCACUCCGAACUCCUGUUCUCUCACCUGCUUAGUGACAUCACACCGGGGGCGGACUCUAUCAAGCUCCGGGUGGGACUCUUAGCAGACGCGGUUCUUGGGGGGAAGCCCGGCCCGCGGAGGACAAAGUCCUUGGUCAUAGCAGACACAGUCGGACCGUCGCUCCAGAGGAAAGGAGACCUUCUGACUAAUCAGGAUACUUGCCUUUCGGCCCUCGGUGCACUGAGGCAAAUCAUCCUGAGCAGCGGUACACUGCUGAAAGAUGAUAUACACAAGCAUCUCCAUGACAUCGUGCUGCCGCUGUGUGUGCGUCUGCAGCAGCAGCAGCAGUCCAGCAGCAGCACUGCGUCUGAAUCUGCAGGGUGCGUCAGUGGGCAGUACAGCAGCGCCCUCCCCCGACAAGAGCUAUACAGGUUAUUGCUGGCUCUGGUCCUGGUCCCAUCACCCUGUUGGCCUCCGCCUCUGACCUGUGCCGUGUCCAUCCUCAGCAGCGGACGCAACGACCGCAACCUCAAGGUGUCAACAUUCUGCUCUGAGGCUCUCACCAUCUGCAACGCCCUCCUCCACCCCCGCACUCCCUCCAUCGCCCUCCCCUUACCCCCCCUCACUCUGAAACCCACCCCGAGUGCUCCAGUCCUCCCCUCCUCCCAGGGGCCUACCUCUGGACUCACCCUGCCAACACUCCUAGGGGGCCCUUCCCCCGGGCCUCCCUUCCCCACUCGCCACUCCCUCGGCCUGGGACCCACUUCUCUUCUGGGUUCUCUGGAUAACCACCUCUCCCUGGUGCCGGGGCUGCCGGGCCAGGCGCCCACCCCAGGAGACAUGCUCCUGUCCCACCAGCAGGACCCUGCCGGGCUGGGCCUCCCAGAGGGGCAGAGACCCGUGUUCGUCCGCUACGACAGAGAGGAAGCGGAGGAUGUGGAGAUCUCUCUGGCCAGUGACUCGGAUGACAGCGUAGUCAUCGUUCCCCCGGGGAUGCUCAACAUGGAGAACCAGCAGGAGGAGACGGCAGCAGCGGGGGCAAACUCUCAGAACAUGGCCUCUGCUGCACCAGGAGGCGCUGUAGUCACACUAGCGGGAGGAGACUCCGUUGCCAUGGUCCCCACCACAGCAACCACAAUAGACAGGGUCUCGCUCCCCAAUGACCUCGCCACCUCAUCCCCUCUACUCACCACCUCCACCACGCCGAUCAACUCCUUCCCUUCUUCCAGCUCCUCCGUGGUCUCCCUGGUUCCCCCUUUGAACUCCAGCACACUCGCCGCUCCGCCGGGCGGUCUGGGGGACUCGUUGCCUGGCAGACCCCAGCUCCAGCAGAUGCUGAUGCAGCCCUCGGCGCCGGGCCAGCCCGGCCCCAUGGGUCUGCCGCUCCAGAUGCACCAGCUGCAGAAUCAGCUGGGCCAGCAGGGACGGCACCUGCACCAGCACCAGCUGCCGCCCGCCAGCAACGAAGACUCCGUCAUCAACAUCAACAGCACCGACGAGGAGGAGGAGGAGGAGGAGGAAGAAGAGGACAUGGAGGAGGAUGAAGAUCUGGAUGAAGAGGAGGAGGGGAUAGAUGAGGAGGAGGAGGAGGAGGAGGAGGAGGAGGAAGAAGAGGAGGAGGAUGUGAGCGAUUGCCCCGAGGAUGAGUUAUACGACGGGGAGUAUGAUAAUUAUGACGAAGAAGAGCUGGAAGAGGAGGAGGAUGAGGAUGGGGAUAUACCUCCAGUGGAGGGAGCUGAUGACAAUGAUGGAGAGGCCGGUAUAGAGGGGGGGAAGGUGCUCAGAGCAGCGGUGGAUGAAGAGGGGGUGGCUGCUUUCAGUGUGGAGGGAGAAGCAGAAGGAGGGAUCGAAGAGAUCCAGACCAACAGAUCGCUGUUCGCAGAGGACAGGCUAAAGGUGCAAAAGGUGGAGAGCAUCGGAGUCUUGGAGGAGGCGCGGGAGGGGGAGGAAGACGAGAGUGAAAGGAUGGACGACCCCACCAUGCCGCAAAUCCUGUGUGUCACCGGAGGAGCACUGGAGGAGAAGGAGACCGAGGAGGAAGGAGGGGGAGCGGGAGGAGAAGUAGGGCUGCAGGAGGAGUCGUGGGAGCAGGGAGCCAAUGAGAUUGAGCUGGCAGCCACUGCAGAAGAUUCCACAACCAAUCAGAAUCAACAGGAGUUAGGAGCCGAGCCGCCACAGGAAGCCAGCGUGAGCGAUAACCAGCCGCCCGGUCAUCAGGAGCAGCAGCUAGCCGCUGAUCAAGAGGGAGACUCUGCAGCAGAAGAUCCCCAAACCUCUACGGGCCCAAGUCCAAAAGAGCAAGAGGAGACGCCCGACGCCCAGAAGAGAGACGGAGUCAAAGCAGAGCAGCAGGAGAUGGAUGGAGGGAGAGAGAGUGAUGGAGAGGAGGGGAAAGGACUGAAGAGGAAGAGAGAUGAGGAGGCAAACAGGGAGGAAGAGGCGGGGCGAAGCACCGAGAAGAAAAAGCUGGACGAUGAAGCCAUGGAGUCCAUGUUGGCUGAUUUCGUCGCCUGUCCGCCCGACGACGAGGACGGAGCCUCCGGAUCGAACCGCUCCUAAAUUGUCGCCAACCUGGACUGAUGCGAUUGAAGUUACCAUGGAUACAGAAGAUACUGACUCACUAGUGACAUUACCAGAGUUUAGUUGCCUCCAUACAGCAAUCCUCUUAAUAUUAGUCAUUCUCCAGUAUUCAGUAUUUCUUUUAACUAUAUUGCCAGCUGGGAGCUACACUGCCCCGUGGGAACUCUUUACUGUCACAUCAGCCAGCUUUUAAUCGGCAACAAGUAGUUUAACAUGAGAUAAGCGAAGACCGCUUCAGUCCCAAGUGCUGCUGUUCUUGUAUACAGAACAGAGUAUCCUUCACUUAGUGGAAGUGGUUUUCUUGGAUUUAUACGUACCUUGUAUGCUAUUUGUUUUGUCACGACUGUCGUAUGCUUUGUCAUAAAGAGUUUAAAAAAAA